UACCAAAAUGGAAACCAAUUAGCAAAACAAUCAGAAAUUUUCUUGAGAAUCAUCAAAUAUUGGGUGAAAAGUAACAGUUUCACUUACAUUAAUGCAGUAGUAAUAUAACACAGCAUGUAAAAUUUGUGAUUCCACUAUUUUUAUAUCGAAGACGCAACUAUGGACAAACUGACAGCGGUUUCAGGGAUUCUUUUCUUGGUUGCUGAUGUUUUUGCCAUAGCAAGUCUGGCACAUCCAGAGUGGAUUGUCAGUGAUGUAAAUGGUCACAUGAGACUUGGUUUGACUCAGCACUGUCAGGUGAUAUAUGGUCGUACAGAGAUUUGCACAUUUCCUCGGAUAUCUUUAGAAUGGAUGCUGACUUUGGUUCUCAUUUCAUUUGGUAUAAUGUGUCUAACUGUGACAUGUGUACUGCAGAUCUUGUCUCACUGGAAGAGGAAUGCAAUUAAAUAUGCUAGAUGGAUUGCUUUUACAGCUAUGACAUUGUUCUGCCUGGCAGCUGUGAUAUUCCCGGUUGGAUUUGCAAUAGAAGAAAUUGGUGGACAGCCAUAUAAACUUCCUAAUCAAACACAAGUUGGAUCAUCAUAUGUUCUCUUCAUUCUUGCCAUAUUUUUCACAGUGAUUUCAGAACUGUUUGCUGGGAAAGUUUGCCUUCCUAUGUUCUAACAGCGAAGUUUAACUAUUUAAAUGUUACUCACUUUAGAUAUUGCAAGCACUCAUGUGGAGAAACUGAGUACAAUGAAGUAUUGACACUGUCUUGCCAGUAUAGUUGGUUCUCGAAGUCUGUGGUUCUGUCAUUACAGAAUCAGUGUUUUGAUGCACUAUGACAGCUCGAAAGUUUAUUAACAAGAUUUGUAAAGAGCAUACUUACAUUAUAAUGUUGCAGCUUUUCAUUGUCCUGUAAAAAUUGAGUAGCAUGUGUUAAGCAAUUUUCAAGCAUCCCAUUACUAUAACUGUUUGAAGAGAGGAAGCAUACUUUUGAAGAAAAUUCAAUGAAAGGGAGACAACUCUUACAUUCUUUCAGCUAAUGUAUUAUGCAUUUUGUUACAAUUGAGUAUGAUAUUCUCUAUCAGACAAGUACAGAAUGAGUUAUAUUUGUUGAUUUACUGAAUUGUUUUGAUCACUUUUAAACCUGACUCCUUGGUUGGGAUUUGGUCACUUGCACUUACAUGUAUAUGUCAAGAAAGAGACUUUUCUGAGUACAAUGUACAUGUAUAUUAAAUUAUAAGCAACAUUUUUUUAAUAACAUUGAACCACAAUUUUUUAAAGAACCUCUUAGCUCAGAUAAUAUUGUUUUUGUUUAACAUUUUAUUGUUUCACAAUACAAUGUAUAUUGAUAAAUAAGUGUAUGUAAAUGAGAUCAUGAUCUUAUUUGGAUAUUGUUUUGUUAUAUUAUUAAUGUUUACAUUACGUGAGAUCCAAGUACAUGUAUGAAUUAUGACAUAAAAUAGUAGACAGAGCAAUCAUAGCUAUCAGACUUUAUAUUCAAAAAGUGAGAAACUAAGUUGCGUAAAUGGCUAUAAUAUAUAUUAUAUCAGUUUACUUGUUUUCAACUUUGUAAGCUAAUCCAAGGCUUUAAUUACAAUGGCUAACAUGAGCAUAAUUUUUUUUUUUUUAAGUCUAUUAGUAAUCACUAUCAGAGGAUAUUUGUACUACCCUGUGAGAUUUGAGUGUUUCUACUUGGAUUUUAUAAAUAUUAUUAUAUUUAAAUGAUGUCUAAUUUAUUGUGUAUAGUUUUAAAUUAGCUUUGUUUUACAUUGUUUUUUUUACAUUCAUUAAAUGGUACAAAGUAUAAGGGUCAGUGGUAUGACAGCAUAGCUAGUGCAUACAACAUAUAUUUAAACUUGCAUGUACUUAUACUAAAAAAUAUCUGACAUUAACUGAUAUUUCUCAUUGCUUACCAUUUCUAUAUAUCAGGGCAAAUAAAAUUAUUUUAAUAUAUAGCUACACAGGUCUUUUAUGCUCUGUUACAAGUUUUGCUAUUUGUCUGUAAGAUAAAAGAUCAAUUGAUUAUUAAUUAGUAUAAGGGGACCAUUUUGAUGGAGGUUGGGUAUAUUUAUAAAAUGCAUAAUUAUUUUAACAUUAAGAAACUUUAACCUAAUAUCACAAGGACACAUUAAAAGGAACAAUAAAAUCGUUAUUUAAAACAGGUGGGCAAAAGUGAAUUGUAAUUUGUUCGAUGUAGUACUUGCAUUCCUUACAUUUUGCAACAAUAAAUAAAUGUAUGGGUCCUAUGUGACUUCAUACGGUAUACUUUAACUUUACUGUUUAUGGGUAUGCAUGCAAUAAUAAUUUCUUAGAGACAAUGUUCACAUAUUCAUGUAUACAUUUGAGCCGCGUCAUGACAAAACCAACAUAAUGGGUUUGCGACCAGCAUGGAUCCAGACCAGCCUGCGCAUCUGCGCAGUCUGAUCAGGAUCCAUGCUGUUCGCUUACAAACCCUAUAGCAAGUAGAGAAACUGAUAGCGAACAGCAUGGAUCCUGAUCAGACUACGCAGAUGCGCAGGCUGGUCUGGAUCCAUGCUGGUCGCAAACCCAUUAUGUGGGUUUUGUUAUGACACAGCUCAUUUAUAUUGCUUGUAAAUCCUUGAAGCACCACACCAUAAGAGACAUGGGCUAGAAGUAUUAAGCCAGGCCGACAUACACACCUGUGCAAAUUGACUAUGGCAAACUUGAAUUCCCUUACACUAAAAAUGGACUGAGCUAAGUUAGAGGCAGGUGAAGUCCAUUACUUAAAAUAAGCAGAGAAAUGGUUAAGUAGGUUACAAGUAAAUAGUCAAGAUUGAUGCAAUUCUGUUUAAUAUACAUGUAUUAUGAAAAGUACUUUAGCUUGUUUCUUUACAUUGUUAUGAAAUAUUGUAAUAAAAUUGUUUAAAAACUGA